CGCGGACUCAGAUGGGCAUUUGUUGGUCCAGCCUUGUUCGUAAUAAUGAUCAACGUCAUUGUUUUGAUUCUGCUGUUUAAGAAAAUGUUUGCUCUAAAAGCCAUGGUAGACAGGCCAAUUAAAGACAAGAUCAAGGCAACUUGUUGGUCUCUGUGCGUUCUCGUACCAUUGAUGGGCGUCUCCUGGAUUCUCGGCAUCUUCUACGUCAACGAGUCGGCCUCAUUCAUGCAGUAUGUGUUCGCAGUCUGCAACGGACUUCAGGGCGUUUAUAUCUUCGUAUUCAACUGCGUUUUAAAUGAAAAGGUAAAAGAUGGCUUCAAAAGGGAGAGAAUUCGGCGCUUAAACAAAUCGAUGGCCAGUUCGUUAUCACAGAAUCUACAUGACCUGCCAAAAGAAUCGAACGGAAAACGGCGUGAUUGCGAAUAAAACAACACUGAAACAGAUACGUCCCUGUGUAAUGUGCACCAGUUUCUGGUCGACCUUCAAACCAAAUCGAACAUAUUAUCAAACGAGAAACAUGCACGACAAGCAACGUAUAAAUGUGAGUCAUUCCUAUGACUGAUCUCUAUUAUAACACUGAUCAUAUGUAGGGAGUAUAAUGGAAGUUGUGGAUGUUAUGUGUUAUUUGCACAUAUAUGUACUUGUCAAGGUAUUGACCGCACAUUUUAAAUCAAAAUGCUUUAUGUCUAAAAACUAAACUUUAUGUAUCACCGUGUAUCAAAAUUAUUAUUUCGUUCGAAAUAAUCGUUUCAUCUUGGAGGUUUUUGGAGGUUUUAUUUGCAAUCUAGAGAAAGGAGAUCUGAUUAAUUCCGACUACAAAACCAAAACAUAAAUGUAUAUAAAAUUAUUCAAUAUAGUGUAAAUGUAUAUUGUAUUCUAUGUAAAUAAAAUAUGUAUGCAUAAUCAGAAUUUACGGAUAUUAUAACAAUUUAUAAACUUUUGAUGCGUGUAUGUUUGUGCUUUUUAUGUUUCAAUCCAGAAAGAUAAUGUAUCGUAUGUUGUGAUGCCGACAAAAUCUUAUAUAUGAAGAUGGUGCGUAAAUAUUUCAUGUGAACACCGCAUAAGUAAUAGUUUUUAGGAAACGAGUGAUAAUCUAUUAAAGCUAUAACUUGCCCAAAUUUAAAAUGACUUAUCGCUUUAUUAAAAGUUGAAAAACAUGGAAAGUUUUUUAAUUAUUAGCAGCUUACUGUAAAUUCCUACAUGCUUGUGUUGUUUUUAUGUUAUAAUGUGUUAUUAUGUCGUAUACUAACAACUUAUAUCAGCCGAGAUUAAGACAAAAUUUUAUAAUAUUACAUGUAUGUUACUUUACGCAGUAUUUAUACUCGAAU